AUGCAAGUGACAGCGCUACGCUAUAGUGAGAAAGAUUUUGAAAAGGCUCAAGAACAACUGAAGCUUUUGAGAAAGGAUCCUGGGAAUGAAACAAAGUUGAAGCUCUACGCUCUGUUUAAACAGGCUACCGAAGGUCCCUGCAAUUCUCCGAAACCAAGUAUGCUGGACUUUGUCAAGAAAGCCAAGUGGGAUGCAUGGAAUUCUCUUGGCAAUUUGUCUCAGGAUAAUGCCAGACAGAAAUAUACUGAACUUGUCUCAAGUCUGGUCUCUGCAGAAUCUGCUGACCAGAAAAAAGAUGCUUCUGCAGAAGAGGGCAGACGUGACGGCUAUGAAACAAUACUAGUUACCACCAAAAACAACAUCACAAAGAUAAUGUUUAACCGACCUGAUAGGAAAAAUGCCAUCAACCAUAAGAUGUACAGAGAAAUUAUCAAAGCACUUGAAGAAGCUGGAAAAGAUGAUUCUACCAUAGCAGUUAUUACUGGAAGUGGAGACUACUACAGUAGUGGAAAUGAUCUGAAUAAUUUUACUAAUGUCCAAACCGGUGAAAUGAAGAAGAUGGCAAAAGAUGGAGCAGUAUUACUGAAAGAGUUCGUGGGUCAUUUUAUUGAUUUUCCUAAACCACUGAUAGCAGUGGUAAACGGCCCAGCUAUUGGAAUCUCUGUAACAGUCCUUGGAUUGUGUGACAUUGUCUACGCUUCUGACAGGGCUACGUUUCACAGCCCAUUUAGUCAACUUGGACAGAGCCCAGAAGGAUGUUCCUCUUACCUGUUUCCAAAAAUCAUGGGCUUAGCCAAGGCAAGUGAGGUUUUGCUUUUCAAUAAAAAGCUGACUGCAGCAGAAGCUUGUGCCCAGGGACUUGUGACUGAAGUCUUCCCCGACAGGACUUUUCAGAAGGAAGUUUGGGCAAGAUUGGAAGCUUAUGCAAGCCUCCCCAAAAAUUCCUUGGCAGCGUCAAAGCAACUGUUGCGAAGUAUGGAAAAGGAGAAGCUCCAUGCGGUCAACAGUAAAGAGUGUGAGGUCCUGCAGGAGAGGUGGUUGUCUGAUGAGUGUGUAAAUGCUAUUGUCAGCUUCUUUCAGAAGAAAUCAAAACUCUAA